CCGCAAGGGGCUGCGAUGGGACGGGAGCCAUGAAUGGUGCCGCCUCCGGCCCCGCCGCAGCCGCUGCCCCCGCCCCGGUCCCCGACUGGCGGCAGUUCUGCGAGCUGCACGCGCAGGCGGCCGCUGUGGACUUCGCGCACAAGUUCUGCCGCUUCCUGCGGGACAACCCGGCCUACGACACGCCCGACGCCGGGGCCUCCUUCUCCCGCCACUUCGCCGCCAACUUCCUGGACGUCUUCGGCGAGCGCUUCCGCCUGGAGUUCUUCGUGCCGCCCAAGGCUUCCAGGCCCAAGGUCAGCAUCCCUCUGUCAGCCAUCAUCGAGGUCCGCACGACCAUGCCCCUGGAGAUGCCAGAGAAGGACAACACAUUUGUGCUCAAGGUAGAGAAUGGAGCCGAGUAUAUCCUGGAGACCAUCGACUCACUGCAGAAGCACUCGUGGGUGGCUGACAUCCAGGGCUGCGUGGACCCCGGGGACAGCGAGGAAGACCCUGAGCUCUCCUGCGCCCGGGGCGGCUGUCUGGCCAGCCGAGCAGCCUCCUGCAGCUGCGAGCUUCUGACUGACGGGGACCCGCCCCGGCCCCCAGAGACGAUGGCGGCCAUGGUGACCGCUCCACACAGCCGAGCUCGAGAUGGCGUUGGGGAGUCCCUGGUCCACGUCCCGCUGGAGACCUUCCUGGAGACCCUGGAAUCCCCGGGUGACAGUGGCAGGGACAGCAAUAACACAGGGGAGGAGGGAGCCGAGGGAGAGCCCGAAGCUGAGCCUGAGCUGGAACUCUCCGACUACCCCUGGUUCCACGGGACAUUGUCACGGGUCAGGGCGGCUCAGCUGGUGCUAACGGGCGGACCCCGGAGCCAUGGCCUCUUCGUGAUCCGCCAGAGCGAGACUCGGCCUGGGGAGUACGUGCUGACCUUCAACUUCCAGGGCAAGGCCAAGCACUUGCGCCUGUCCUUGAACAGCCACGGGCAAUGCCACGUGCAGCACCUGUGGUUCCAGUCUGUGCUUGACAUGCUGCGCCACUUCCACACCCACCCGAUCCCCCUGGAGUCUGGGGGUUCUGCAGAUAUCACCCUACGCAGCUACGUGCGGGCUCAGGGCCCCCCACCCGGUAAGACUCCCCCCCCCCCCCCACCGUGGGCCUGUGUAUGUAGUGUAGACAGGUGGGCGGUAGGGAGAGGGAAUCACCCACAGGUGCGCACAGCACUACUAGUCUGGGUGGGACAGCACCAGGUCUUGGGCCGUUGUAAGCAGUUUGGGCCAUCAGGAUCAAAGGGAGACCGGCAGCCCAGGGACCGGGACCGGGACCUGGGCUGGGUCCUGGGUGAUUCGGGGCAGGCGGAUGGAGGUCACUCAGAGGUGGGCGCUGCAGGAUUCACUAGCCGCCUGCGCAGGUGGGGCUCAGCCCGCAGCAACAGCGCCGAGCGCCUCCUGGAGGCGGCGGGAGGCGGCGCGGACGAGCCCCCGGAGGCAGCGCCCGGCGAGGGAGCGCGGGGACGCACGCGCGCCGUCGAGAACCAGUACUCCUUCUACUAGCCCGGCGCGGCGGCGCCAAGGCCCUGGGGCCACCCAGACGUGCCGUGCGACUGCCCCCGUGCCCGUCCAUCCCUCCGUCCAGCGGACCCGACCGGCCACAGGCCGGCCUGGGUGGGAAAAGCGAAGCUCUUCAGUGAAGACAUAAAUGUUAUUAAAGAGCCUGUUUUAGGGACUGCA